UGCAAUCCUUGUGCCGUGUUUGUUUGGAGCAACUGGGUGAAGAGGAGGACGGAUUGAUAUCGAUUUUUCGUGUUUUCUUCCGCGAUGUUCCCGUAGGAAUGGUAAUGAACGAGCUGUUCAAUCUACAGAUCUCGGAGAAUGAUUGCUUCCCCCAGAACAUGUGUGGAAGAUGCUUUCUAGAGCUGCAAACCGUGUACUCGUUUCGAGACAAACUGCUCCAGUCGGACAAAUCUCUUCGAAGCACGAGUACGGAAGAGCGUGAUGGCGUGGCGCCGGGCUCGAUUCCAGCGCAGGGCACAGGUGAACUGAUCGAUCAUAAGUAUAGGACGAUCGAAAUCAUCUCCACCGCUUGCUAUGUGUGUGGCAAGCCUAGCAACGAUUCUGGGCAAUCUUACAUGGUACGACCGAUACCAGACGGUGCUGAUAUAUCGGGCUCAGACUCGACGAAAGCAAUCUGCACUGAGUGCCAGAGAAAGCCUGAACUCCUAGAAGAAAAGGAUGACGAUACCGUUCCUGCACAGUCCCUAGAUAUCGAUAUACUUGAGCAAUGUCCGAUAAAGGAAGCAAAUGGCAGUGAGCUGAAAUGUCAAAGGUUCUGCUGUGUAACACAUUGCAAAGAGAUGUUUGAAAACGAGUUGGAUCUAGUGGAGCACGCACAGCAGCUCCAUUCUCUCAAGCUGCGGUGGAAUGAACAACGGCAGCAAUCGGACAAGCCAUUCAAAUGUAACGUUUGUUUUCGGGCGUUCAACUCAUCGAAAAAUCUGCGCAUUCAUCAGUUUGUGAGAUCGAACCAGUUGGGAAAACUGUACCCGUGCCGUGAGUGUCCUUUCCGUGCCGUAAGCAAUGCGCUACUAACGAUCCACGAGCGAUCGCACACCGGGGAACGACCGUUUGUGUGCACUGUUUGUAAGAAGCGUUUCUUCUCCGAACUCAACCUAAAAAAUCAUCAAGUUUGUCACCAAACGGAGCGACCAUUCGGUUGCUCUUACUGUUCGAAAUCAUUCGCUCGUAAGCGAAAUAUGGAGGAUCACUUUCGGGUGUGCCAUUCGGAUGAAAAGCCGUACCAGUGUGUCGUAUGUUCGGCACAGUUUAAAGUGCCACAACACCUGCGGCUCCACCAGCGGCUUCAUACGGGUGAAAAACCGUACCGGUGCAGUUACUGCCCAAUGUGUUUCUACAAUACUUCCGAUCGAAAGCGGCACGAACUGUCGCACACGGGAGAAAAGCCUUAUACUUGUGUCUGCGGGGUGGCGUACACUCGCAAACGUACGCUCACGAUCCAUGAACGGACGCAUACCGGCGAAAGGCCAUUUAAUUGUGAUGUUUGCGGUAAAACGUUUAUUCAAUCUUCGCUGCUGAAGAGGCACACAGCGCGUCAUCACAACGUGCAGAUGGACAGAGAUGCGGAAAACGAAGCAGAAUGUGCACCAAAUGAAGCAAGUAAUACCCAAAGCCAAAGAGCACGCAUCGUGUAA